CACAGUCUACUCCAGCACAACCGGUCCACACCUCAGGAUCGUAUUUGAUAUUUUGGGAAUACAUAUAUUUAUUAUUUCAUUUUUUUUCAUCUUUUCAGCUUUCUUUGAGGGUUUUUGAGUAUCUUGUGUGCGGGAUGUCUUCGGUUUGUCGGCAGGCAUUCGGCAGUUUGUCCAGCUUGGCGGGCUGGGUGUGCAUCAUCGUCGCCACGUCGACCAACGAUUGGGUGCGCACCUGCGACUACAGCGUGGCCACCUGCGUGCGGAUGGACGAGCUGGGGUCCCGCGGCCUCUGGGCCGAGUGCGUCAUCGCGCCCGCGCUGUACCACUGCACCGCUCUCAACCAGAUCCUCAAUCUGCCCGCCCACGUGCAGGCAUCCCGUGCCAUGAUGGUAUGCGCGUGCCUGCUGGGUCUUCCUGCCAUGUUGUUGGUGCUCACGUCCACUUCCUGCGUGCGUCUGCCACAUGACUCCAACGCCAGCAAGAAAAGGAGGGCCAGGGUGGGCGGAGGCCUCAUCCUCCUCAUGGCCGCGCUGGGCCUGGUGUCGACCGUGUGGUUCCCGGUGGGCGUCCACCAGGACAAGGGUCUGAUGUCCUUCGGGUCGUCGCUGUACUGCGGCUGGGCGGGCGUGGCGCUCUGCCUCCUAGGCGGGGGCAUGGUCCUUUUUUGCUAUGGUGACGUAGACCCGCGCGCCUUCGCCAGGGAGAGCAGCUUCUUCUACUCCAGACAGCGAAGAGGUGGAGGAGGAGGAGGCACCGCAGUCAUGGUGGACGCGCCCGCCAACCACGCCAAGAGCGCCCGCGUGUGAGGGUGGCAACGUUUUUUUUGGGUGGGGGUGAGGGCAUGAACAUAUCUAAUAAGUAGAGCCUCGCACACAAUAUGGAAGAAAUUACAUUGUCAUGAUGAGGUGUUGUGGUUUGAAAAUGUGAUAUCGCUCUGUACUCUCACAUAAAAUAAACUUUUGGGACUU